CCGGCUGCAGCACCCACCCCAGGCAGAGCGGAAUGCCAGGUACCUCCUCGUCGUUCUGACCUUACGGAGAAGCUCUCGAUUGGCCGACCGUUUACCCCCGCUAUCGCUCUGAGCGAUCACAGCGCGCCCUAGCGGCGGGCGCCGCGCUGGUCCCAAAGGCCAAACCGACAGGAGGACAGAGGAGGAAAGGACGCACGACAGGUAUGCUCCAUGCUCGCUACGUUUGUUCAGUUAGUUUGGUUUUGUUUCUCGUUGCUCUUUUGGAGUUUGCCGGCAGAGAAGAGACUUGGACUCUUUGAGCGUGCCUCUGUUUCAGGUUAGGUCACCCACCUGUUGGCUUGGUUCUGACUUCUUUAACUUUGACGAGCGCACCGAUCUUUAUGUCCACCUGUGAGGAGAACAGCAUGUCGCAGACGGCGGAUGCCGCAUCUGCUGAGGAUGAUGGACUGACGCUCACGCUGAUCGACUUGCCCGACGUGGCCCUCCUGCGCCUGCUCUCCUACCUGCCCGCCAAGGACCUGGUGGCCGCCGGCCAAGCCAGCCCCCGGCUCGGGGCGCUCACCAGGGAGCACAUGCCGUUGUGGCGCAGAAAGGAGGGCGUGUUCGUGUUCGACCACGUCGAGGGACUCGUCGACCUGCUGCAGGUCGUAGCACCAGUGCAGACCUUGGUCUAUAACCUCAGCCAGUCACAAGAAUUUUUAGCUGAAUUCAGUUUUGUUGAGCCCGGCGGUAAUCAGCAACCACUGGUCUCGCUCAAAGUGAUUGCCCCCAAUGUGGAGUGCUUUAAAAUUAUCACCAAAAAAUCUGGCCCGAGACUUGUCGCCCUAGAGUUUUUCUUUUUCGAGCGUGGGCCAGAGGAGUUCUUCGCAGGCCUGCAGGAUGCCACCGCCUUGGAAAACCUGACCCUGUACUGGGGUGAUCCAGAUGCUGGUGCCCGGUGUACUGCCAGGUGGCCGCAGGGAGUGGUACUGGACAGGCUGGUGAUCUUAAAUUUGGCGUGGGGGAGGCUGCUCGUUGCGGACCCUGAGAACUUCGGGGCGGUCACCGUCCGCUUGCCAACUCUGAACUCCGACCCGUUCCAGGCCGUCCGGUCGCUGAUACAAGCGCACAGCGAGAAGCUGCGUCACGCGGAGCUGAGCUCCUGGUACCUGCUGCCGCUCCUGAAACCCUGCAUCCGAAACCUCUGGCUCCUGCACGUACACUCAGAUGAAGGCGUGUCAACGGCGCUGCAAAUACCCGAGCUGCGGCAGAUGCCAGAGCUGAAGGAGCUGACCAUCAACGUCGAGGCGUUUUCGCCAGAGGUGGAGUCCUUGCUGAAGGCCUGGCCGGCCCCGAGCGAUGUCCGAGUCCUUGAGCUCCGUGAUUGCAUUGAUCUAGCCGUCGUGCGAGGACUAAGGGCGGGCAGGUUCAAAACCGUGAUAAGUCUCGAGAUAACCUUGGUUGGCCAGAUUGAAAGUGACGUGGAUUCCGGGCGACUAGAGGAGGGGCUCCAGGGACUACCCAACCUCGCGAUGCUGCGUCUCUGCGCCAAGCGCGAGCAGCCCAUGCCGUUGACCAAGCUACUCUCGCGCAUCUCGGUCACCACCAUUCCUGAACUGCUACUUGCCUUCAUCGAGGACGGCCUAGUUACGUUCAACUUGGCCCCCAUCACGCAGCACGAUUAUGCGGGCUACAAAGACUGCCGGGAGCUAGUGCGCCGCGCACCCCAGCCGCUCCACGUUGUCGUCAUCCUGAGGUGUGUGAGGGUGACGAUGGGGUUUGGCGUGACUCAGGACAUGGUAGCCACCUUGUUCUUCAGGCACUCCGUCGCUGAGCAGUGUGAAACCUGCGGUCUUGCCGAAACGAGCGUGUGCAAGUCGAUCGGGGCCAACAUUCACAAGCGUGUCCAGGUCAAACUGUGAUUCACCCUCUGCUGUCACGCUAAUUUUUGAAUAAAUAAUGUUUCAA